CGCAGCCUCCCGGCGCACUCACCGAUCCAGCCGGGGCACACUAGCGAGCUGUCUGCCGCCCUUGCAACAACCGCAUAUUCGAGAACAAGCCAACCGCACCUUGUCUCCUGCACUGUCGCUGCCACCUGCCCCUCAUGGCCACCCAAGAUCUCGAAGUCAACCCUCCCGCUACGGACGGCAUCACUGAUUUGGCAUUCAGCCCCCAAAUCGAUCUCCUGGCUGCCAGCAGCUGGGACAACCAGACCCGCAUCUGGGAAGUACAGCCAACGGGAGUCACUGUUGCCAAGGCAUCCAUCCCACACGAAGGCCCGGCACUCUGCUGUGCAUGGAGCAAGGACGGAACCAAGCUGGUUUCUGGUGGAGCCGACAAGGCCGGCCGCAUGAUGGACAUCACCACAGGACAAACCACACAAGUCGCUGCCCACGAUGCUCCUAUCAAGUGCUGCAAAUGGAUCAACACAGCAUCGAUGAACAACAUCAUCGUGACGGGCAGCUGGGAUCGCACGAUCAAGUACUGGGAUGCUCGACAGCCGACCCCGGCCCUGCAAGUCAGCCUGCCUGAGCGGUGCUUCGCCCUGGAUGUCUCUGGCGAGCUGAUGGUUGUCGGCACCGCCGAGCGACAUAUCUUGAUCUACAGCUUGGCAAACCCCAGCACACCCUUCAAGCAAAUCGUUUCGCCGCUCAAGUGGCAGACUCGCACGAUUGCGUGCUUCCCAAAUGCCGCGGGAUAUGCCAUCGGCUCGAUCGAGGGCCGAGUCGGCAUCCAGUACGUCGACGAGCGCGACCAGGCCCAGAACUUCUCCUUCAAAUGCCACCGCGAUGACAAGAAUGUGUACUCGGUCAACGCCAUCUCGUUCCACCCCCAGCACGGCACCUUCUCGACCGCUGGCUCUGAUGGUACCUAUAGUAUGUGGGACAAGGAUUCAAAACAGCGGCUCAAGUUCAUCCCGACAAUCAAUAUGCCCAUCAGCGCCACGGCAUUCAACCGCACCGGCAGCAUCUUUGCCUAUGCUGCUUCCUACGACUGGUCGAAAGGCCACGAGCACUACCAGGCCGGAGCCAAGAAUGCGAUCAUGCUGCAUGCUACAACUGACGAGGAGGUCAAGCCCAGACCGAAGAAGCGCUGAGCCAUCUUGGUGGCAGUAAUCCGCGUCACUGUUUGCUCGACCGUGAGUGCCUGAUCGCGGUAAUCUAGCUCCAGGCGGCGCUUGCUUGGCCGAUCUGCGAAUCUUGUUUAGGCAGCUUGUCUCAAAAUAUAUUCUCUGUCCUGGAA